UACAAGGACAGACAAUUUCUUUAAUUAAGACGGAUCUCCUUGGCCUUGGUUGUUUUUCUUUUCAAUAGAGAAAAAGCAAAGCAAAACCCCAUCACAAAGAAUCUCUCUCCUUUCAUUCUUCCAAAAAAGAAAAUCCCAAAUUUCAAAACAAAUCCUAAUAGUAUUAGCGAUGGAUCUAGAGGUGGUCGGACGCCACGCGCUGCUCUUCGACGACGACGCCAUGGCCGCCUUCGUUAACUCUCCGGAGGCUCUCGUUGACUGGAACUCCCUCGCCAUCGAUCGCUAUGAUGUGCGUCACCUUCUCUCUGGACCUCCUCCGCCUCGAAAGAGACGGCGCCACCUUUCAUCUCCUUCGGUAACCGCCGAUGAUAAGUUGGAGUCCGAUCUCGAUCGUGAGCGUUAUCUCGAUUUGCCUCCUCCUUCUCCGUCGCUGCCCGAUCGGCAAGAUGGAGAUAAUAAUGAGGAACCUGCGGCUGCUGGCGGUCUCUAUAAUGCUGUUUCCUUUUCAUAUGGAAACACUGGUGAAUCAAACGAGCAAAAGGAUGCUGAUGUGGAAUCUAGUUUUCGGCCACCAUUUCCUGUUCCUGAAACCUUACUUCAAAACCUACCUCCUACGGAGAAAGUACAUCAGAUUAUGGCAAGGACAGCUAUAUUUGUAAGCAAACAUGGUGGGCAAUCAGAGAUUGUUUUGAGGGUCAAACAAGGAGACAACCCAACAUUUGGCUUCUUAAUGCCUGAUCAUCGACUGCAUCCCUACUUUAGGUUUCUUGUUGAUCACCAAGAACUUUUAAGCAGCAAUUCCAUUGAUGAAGAGAGCAAAGCUGACAGUUCUCUUGAUCAGGCAAGUAGUGGUAGAGGGGGUGGCGCUUUAUCUUUGCUUGGCACUGUAUAUGGUUCCGGAGAAGACGAGGAUGGUGAAACGGAGAAUGCUACCAAAGCUAAGAGAAUGGAAUCUGGGGAAUCUGGGGUUGCUAUCAAUAAAAAGUCAACUGACGGAUCAGAUCAGAAAGAAUCUUCAUUAAGUGUUAGUAGAAAAGAUGAUACUGUAACUAAACAUUUGGCCCCUUUGAAGGAAAAGGCUUCUCUAAUAAAACGAAAUCAAUCUAUAACAUCAGUUAAGCCUGGAACAAUGACUGGGUUGAAGAAAGAAAGUGAUGCUUCCACAGCUGAGAAAUCACGAGCUUCUUCUUUGCCACCCAUAUUGAAGGUUGAAAUACCUGUUGUCGAGCCUCCAUCUGAUUUAAAGAGAGUGGUUGAUAAGAUUGUCGAAUUCAUUCUGAGAAAUGGUAGACAGUUUGAAGCGGUUCUGGUUGAACAAGAUGUCAAGCAUGGGAGGUUCCCUUUCCUGUUGCCAUCCAAUCUAUAUCAUCCAUAUUAUUUAGAAGCUCUUCAAAAAGCUGAAAAGUCAAAGUUACCUGGUAAAGGAUUCAUUUCUGAGAAGCAUGAUUCAUCUGGCCGUGGGGUAGAGAAGAAAGCUGCUUCAUCCCGAGAAAGUGAUAGUGCAUCUCUUGGAUCUGACAUACCAUAUAACUCAGAUAGGAAAGAGAAGUUUAAAAUGGUAAUCAGCAAAUCAAAGAAGGAUGGACAAGAUCCCCCUUCUUCCAAAGCUACCCAGCCUCAAAUCGGAGUUAGUGUGGAUGCAGCUGCCGCAGCUGCUAUUCUUCAGGCUGCCACAAGAGGCAUUAAGAAACCAAAUUUAGAGAUUCUUUCGAAGACAUCAUUAAAUGGUAGCAGUCAGGUCCCAACUAGUGAGGAUGGGCAUGUCCCAAGUUCUGGUCAGAAAGGCGAGCCGAGUGUUUCUGGUCAGGUUGCUAAUGCUAUUGCAAAGACGGCAGCUAUUGCAGCUGCAAGUGAGGCUGAUUCGUCCGAGGCAUGUUUGACAAAAGAAGAAAAACUGAAAGCUGAACGAUUAAAACGGGCAAAGAUGUUUGCAGCCUUGAUAAAAAGUGGUUCUGCACCACUAAAAACUGAAUCAUUGCGUGGCUUAUCUGCCGAACCACCUGGGUUAGGGGUUUGUGGUUCGGGUGCUGAGGGUGGAAGCCUUUCUGUAAAAGAAAGGGAAGGCAGCUCAGGUGCAAUGGAUAUCGAUACUUGUGACAAAAAUGAAAAGAUGAAUUCUGGUAUUCAUCAUAAUGAACGUCGAUCAAAGAGGAAGUACCGUUCGAGAUCAAAAAGACAUGAAGCAGAUAGCGGACAGGAGGAGGAAGAACAAGAAGAAAAAGAAGAUAAAGUAAAGGACGGACACUCGGGUAGAAAACGGAGAUCUCAUCACCAAAGUAGCGAUAGGCAUAAGCAUAGAAAAAGACAUUCCUCUUCAAAACAUAGAGAUUCACGACAUCGGCAUAAGCAUGAUAGUAGCACCGAUGAUGAACAAAGUCAUAAGUCUGACCACUCUGAUAGUGACUGUCUUCAUUCUCGACACAGACGGAAAAGAGAUUGCCCUUCAGAUUCUGAACACCAGAGGUCAAGAUGUCGUGGCUCCUCCGAGGAUGAGCAUCAUCCAUCUCAACAUCGUCACAAGCAUGAUAGCUCAUCUGAGAAUGAGCAUCGACGCUCUAGACAUCGGCACAAGCACCAUAGGUCUUCCGAUGAUGAGUAUAAUCAUCGACGGAAGAGAUCUCAUGCUGGAAAAGAAGUGGAAUUGGAGGAAGGAGAGAUAUAUGCGAAAUCAGAUCAAUCGAAAUUGAGUGAGGGAAAUGUUGCAAGUAGGGAGGCUUCUGCAGAUAUAUCAAACCCGGAUGUGGUGGAGGGAAGGGCUUCUUCCGUGCCGUCUGCAACCACCACGGUUUCUAACGAUUUAAGAGCCAAAAUCCGAGCUAUGCUGAUGGCGACCUUGUAGUAAACAACACUGAACCUGUUUUCUUGUUUCUCUUUGUAUCAGCUUUGGUCUGUUCUUUUUUGAAUAUUAGCAUUGGUUAUACUCUUAUAUAAUAGUGGCUUAAGAUUCAUAUAUGAUCAAA